AGAAAUCACGUGGAUCGAAUCUCGCUCGUCACUUCACCAGUCUUCGGCAUCGAGCGACAUCUUCGCUACCGCCGUCUCGCUUGCUGGCCAGCUCCAGCCCCUCGCUCCGCUUCUCGUUCUUCGCUUCGUCUUCCCUAUCGCCUCCUGCACGUGUAUAUCUAUUGUACAUAUCUCCAUACUAUUUAAUUCGCCACUCUACCACCAUCAAGCAUGAGAAAUAAUAACAGUCGUAACAGUAGCCAUGGCGGAUCCGGCCGUCGUGGUCCCCGUCGAGAGCAGGUACGUCGAAUUCAAUCAGCGGAUGUGGAUUGUUGCAGCUCUGAUCCGUUUGUGGGUCUACAGAAGAAGACCAUGGACUACGAGGCGCGUGUCACUCGUAACGGAGUAUCCGCUAAUCAUCUUCUGAACUUCUCCAUGCCAGAACGUGAGCGGCACGUGUACCAUCACCAGAAGAAAAAAAAGAGCUCAGCGCCGCGCACUCAGAGCGAGUAUCUCCACGCCAACUACCGCUUCGUGAUAGCUCCACUUGACCAUGACACCAUCGUGCCGACUUGGGAUCUUGAAGCUCUCACCGAAUGGUCCUCGGUCGAGCAGAUUCUGCUGUGGUAUGACGUCGAAAGUCCCCAGACUUGUCCGAUCUGUAUGGAUACGUUCCGUGCGCCGAAAAUCACCAAGUGUGGCCACAUCUUCUGCUGGCCAUGCAUCCUCCGGUAUUUGUCGAUGACGGACAAGUACUGGCGUCGCUGUCCGAUGUGCUUUGAAUCCGUUCAGAAGGGACACUUGCGCAACGUACAGCUCCAACAACUGCAAAUCCCCCCUCACGUAGGCUCCGACGUCACUUUCCAGUUUUUAGAACGUCCAAAGUCCAGCAUGUUCCCUCAGCUUCGUGUCCUCCCGACUGCAGAAUCCAAGGGUGAGCAUGCUGAAACUGAUGCGUCUUCGCAUUCCACUCAGUCUACUCCUGAGGCUGUUGCCUUUGCUGCUCGUAAGCGCUCUCGGAAACUACCAAAUGUGAACGAUGUUGACGCGAUAUACUCGCGUAUCUUGGAGGCAACACCUGAAUAUCUACGCGAGCUCUUGUACUCUGAAAUGCGCGAUCUCCAGUCCAUGGACACUGAAUUCCGCAGCAGUGGGGACGUAGACAGCCUUCCUUUUGUGGAAGAGGCCAUGCGGAACACUUCCGGACGGCUGGCCAAGAGCGACGACUUCAGUCACGGCACUUAUCGCCAAGCCAACAGCGCCAGCAAUUCUACUGCUGGGAAGAAGAGUACACCCAAAGAAAAUGGAAGUGGAGACGCGUACUCGUUCUAUCAGAUCGCGGAUGGAACGUACGUGGUCCUCCACCCGUUGAACAUGAAGUGUUUGCUAAAAGAAUACUCGGACGAGCACCAACACGAGCAGGAACAUGGCGAAGACGCACACUUGGAAGCUGCGUGGAUAGAGAGCUCGUCUGCGAGCGCAGAGCCACUGCCAGUUGAUCGCUAUCACUUGCUACCUGAACGUAUUCACGGAAAAGUAUUGGAUAUCGAGCAUGUGGUCAUGGAUGAAGAAGCGCAGAAACGUUAUCGCUUCUUGAGCCACUUGCCGCGCUUCUGCGACUUCUACAUCUGCGAACUCGAUCUGACGUCGCAGCUCUCGUCUUCGACACUUAAUACCUUCCGCAAUGACCUGAAGAAACGCGCCAAACAGCGGAAACACAAACACAAGCAGAACGCGCCAAUCCCUUCGUCUCCAAUCUUUAAGAGGAACGCAGACGCGUUCUCGCUGCAGGAGGAAGGAAUGAUGUGGCCGUCGCCAUACGAACAAGCAUUGGCCGAGUCCCUGGAGGAAUUCCAUCUCAGUAACUCGAGUGUUGAGCUUGACGCUGAGCAUCACUCAGCGGCGGACGAGGAGCGGUCGUUUGCGAGAGUGACAGAGAACUCUGGAUACUUUCCAGCGCUUGGAGGAGCUGCCGCCCGCGAGCCCAGGCCUCACGUUACGGACCCCAUAGCGUUCGGCUCUCCGUCUGCGUGGGGAAACGCGUCUACCAGUCCUCCUGCAGUCGCGUGGAGCUCCGGCAAGGGCGGCAAGAAGAAGGGAGCAGGCAAGAAGGGCGUCUCGGUCUUCUCCACCACACAACGCCGUUCGUAUCGCUGAUCUUACUGCAGCUUCAACUGCAAUUAGACCUCCGUUUUAGCAGUCGAACAAAUCAAUGACACGCAUGACUCAAUUCCUUCUCUAAACUUCGAUUCCCAU